CCGCCAACAGGGUGCUAAGACACCCACAAACGGGAGUCCUGCGUCCAACUCGUCUGUCUCUCCCAAUUCCUCCGGUAUCUCUUCAUUUCGCAGUCUUCGCAAUUUCCUACCUUUCGGUUCGAAACAGCCGUCUACGCCCUCGCAGGGCGGUACAACUGGAUCCAAGGGUCAAUCAUCGCAUUUUGGCAUACCGAGAAGGGCAUCAUAUAAUAAUGAACGGAGGAGUAUGAGCUCUCAUGCUCGAUUGGGCCGGGAGGAGGUCGAAACCCCGAUCAUUCACAUAGAAUCACGCCGAAGUGAGCAGGUUCCCCGGAGUAACUUCGUACGGAGCAUGCCAGGGCCGAACGUCGACAAGUCUCUACCGCCACCGCCUGCUGCACCUGAACGGCCGAACACGGGUCCCCCUGUAUUAGAGUCGUCAAUUAUACCAUUGGGCACCGAUUUAUCUACCAUUCUCGAGUCCGAAACCUCGGGAAUCUCGGGACACAUACCUCCUCUUGACGAAUCGCAGGAUGAUCCAAGGCCGUUCCCAAAAUUCUCCAACCCAGCUGAUUCGUCGAUGCUUCGCGCACCAUCCAGCUCCGGUCGUAAGUCGACUGGGCAGGAGAGCGACGGCAUGGACUUGUCAACGUCUGACCUGAGAAAUGAAGUCCUAGAUGCACUGAAGCAAGACGGGGCAGCGAAGAACUGGAGUAAUGGAGUCAUCGUGGACGAUCCGAACGAUAGCAUACCGCCUUCGACGAGACCCAGUCCUGGAGCUGAGCAAUUCCUUCGGGGCAAGGAACCCAGCUUCGAUCUAGAGUCAUUAGAUCCGGACCUAGCUGCUUUACUCAGUCCAAACAAGUUCGCGGGGUCAGAGCCGGCUCUGGUGAUCGCGCCCUCGUCUGCAUCCCUGCGGAGUCAGUCCCCUGAAUCAAAGCUUGUUGCGUCUGGAUCUUCCACACCCCUCAACGCAUCAACCUCCUCGUCAACUGGGCAGCGAUCGCCCACGUCAGCGGUACAGACGCUAGGCACCCACGCGCCUCGACGACCGAGCUAUCACUCUCGUACCUCUGCUUCGACCGCAUCCUCUUCGUCGUCUUCUCUUCCGCGCCUCGUUCGGCCUGGUGCAACCCAUCUGAGCCCCGUCUUCGUGGACGAUAGCCCAGGACUUGACUCGCCCUCCUAUGUGCAAUCAGAUCCAACAAUCACGAAUGACCCAUUGGGAAGACCGUCUUCAUCCUCCGAGAACGGCUCUCGCCGUAGGCAUCCUCCGUCACCCUUGCGAGAGGCUCAUCCGGAGCCACCUCUCGAAAAGCAGAAUACAGGAGAUGGUUGGCCCUCAAGGAAGCCCCCUCCCCAGUCGAGAUAUACUACGCCUGCUCGCCCGUCCACUGCCCUCAGCAGCACCAGCACGUCUCGUCUUCGGCACUUCCCGAUCGUCUCGGUGAGUGGCUGGGACCCCGAUGGUGCUUCUCCGUCGUCGCGGGCGUCAUCGGUGUUGGCAAGCUCUGCGACUAGGCGACCCCACGAGGCUCGGCCCAGCAUGGAUAAUCUUGGACGUGCAUCCGUUGACAAGGAUCGCAUGACGCAUGUUAGGACGCGGAGGAGGAGCGCUAGCUUAGGUGGAAAUUAUCUACCACAGAAAUCGGGGACUACUUCGAUGACACGCUCUGCAACUGACUGGCUUGGCCCUCGUACUCAGAAGGCCUUCGCUGCUGCCGGUCUCCUUGGCCACGACAGAGAGGGCGGCGGUAGCUCGCAGGGCGGCAGCAUGUCUCGCUAUGGAUCUGUGCGCAGUGCUAUGAGUGAUCGUGAUUCGCGCUCGCAGUACGCACCUUCGCGGAUGGCAUUCUCAGAGGUAUCAGGAUCUGUAUCGUCAUGGGGAGGGAGGAGCGGAAGAGUUCCGACGCCUGACGGCCAGAUAAGGCCCUCGGAUAGUCCUACAUUCACUACCCGUACGUUUUCGCCAUCGACGGCUCCCACCUCUUUAUCAGCAGCAUCAUCUGUACAUCAGCAGCAUCAAACUGAGGUGGAGACACUGAAGGAGAAGCAUGCUAUGGAGACGGAGGCUCUGCUGUCGGCCUUGGCCGAUUCUCAGAGGACGACGAAGGUCUUGAGGGAAGAGAAUGCGGAGCUCCGCGACCGGGUCAGCAAUCUCGAAUCGCGGUUGGAUGAACUGUUGGAACAGUUCCGUCGCCAGCAAUCAGCGCCACCUCCUCCAAUUACCUCCAGUCAACAUUUCCAGAUGAGCAGGAAUGUGUUUUCGAGGCCAGUAUCUACUGAAGCUGUCUUCCACCGAGGAUCAGCAUCAACGUCGGGACUGUCCCCUCGAAUCCGUGAUCGAUCGCCUAGAGAGGCUACCCGACCGACUCCCGAGGACAGAAGGGUACCACCGGCGCCAUGGUCCGGGACGCAUCGAAGACGAUCAAGUACAACGUCCUCGGUCUUCCAGCUUCCCCCAUCCAAUAUGUCCAUGUUGCUACAUGAAGAAGGUGAAGCCGCAAACGCCUCUCGGACUACGUCUUUGCAUUCUGCACCUCCUUCUCCGACCCUUGUCGCGAGGAUCCUAAAUACCGGAAAUGCGCAGUCGUCUACUAAGGCUGUGCCCCAUGCGGCUGGUAACACAUCCCCGACCUCGACGAGCUUCUCAAUAAUGCCUGGGUCUCCUGGUAGUUUGAGCUUGCGUACGGAGCAUGAGCUCCACCUUGAUGAUCUCGCGAGUUUCCGUCUCGACUACGGUGAAGACGAUGAUAGCCUUUCCCAGGCAGACGAGCGAUGAUGCGUCCGGAGGUUGUCUUCUUUCCCAUGGAAUGCCGAUGUUUAGUCAGAUCACUUCAACGCUUUCGUCUUAAUGCUGUGUGUUGCUUUUGCUGAUUUACAUGGUCAGCUGUUUUCUGAUGCAUGUGUACGGUAGUGUCUUGUGGGCAGGUUCGGUUUAAGAUAGGUAUUAUACGGUGCAUUUCACUGUCAUAUUGUAUAGCGCACCACACGGGUGUAUAGGCUGGAUUUGUCUGGUAUAUUCGACUGCGAAGUCAUUUGGCCUGGUCAUACUACUAGGUACAGUCCCGCGUGCGCAUGAAUUGGAACGUUGGAGUAUCCCGG